AUGCCGGAGAGUGCACAAAGAAUCGUUUUGCAUUUGCCGAUUUUGCCACGUACCUGCUUCGCCAUUCUGGGCUUUGGUUUGAUCUUCACCUUCCUAUUUUUGAUUAUUUUUCCCCAUGGUUUGAGCUCGCAAUUCCCUUCCGAUCUGACACAAGCCGUCUCUGGAUUUUGGCUCUCCCAACCGCCUUCAACGGGCUGCGGGUCGCAUGAAAGUCUGCAAGGCCGUGGAAUUGUGGCACCCUGGAACCUGCCACAGCCCAAUGCAGAUCGUGGAAUUUACAAGCUGAAGGAUGGUUUCUACUUCGAUGUGUCUCGCUUUCAAAGAGUGCCCUUUGGGCAGUGGAAACGGUUGGUGCCGGUGAUGCAAAAACUUGCCCAAGGAUCCUUGGUGAAAAUCAUGGUGUUUGGGGGCUCGUUCACACUUGGAGGUGAUUGUUGGCAAAGCGCUUCAAAGCGCGGAAUUGCCGGAAAAGAUUGUGCUUGGCCGGCCCGUUGGAAGCAGUGGUUGCACCUGGCGUUUCCAAGUGCUACAGUGCAGGUGGAGAACAUCGCGCAAGGUGGCAGUCCAUCAGCAGUCAUUCUUGGAGGGAUUGGGUUGUACAAUUUCAGCGGUGUGGACCUUAUUUUGGUUGACACAUUGGUGAACGACGCGCACAAUGAGAAUAAGAUGUUGAGCGCCGGAAGCGAGAAAUGGCGAGACUGGGACGGGAACCUUACCAUCUCCGUGGCUUUUGAAGAACUUCUCAGAUCUUUGAAUCAGCUUGCUCCCAAGAGCGCCCUUCUUGCGUUAGAGGCCGGGUGUCCACGUUGCAUCGCAAGUGCCCAGGCACACCGGCGGGUGCUCGAUUUUUACCGGAUACCGUUUUUGGAUGUUGCACGGGCGGUGGCAACAGUUCCUGAGCUUUGGACAUGGGCAAGGACCAGUGCACACCCAGGAUUCAAGACCCAUCAGGCUGUUGCAGACAUGUUGGCCCUCAGCUUUAGGAAGAUUUGGGACCACAUGUUGAAGAUGAAAGUGGAAGACAUGGAUCUGAGCCGGGACUUUAGCAAAGCCUUUCACCCGGCGAAGUAUCGCAACAGGGUGCUGCGGCCGGAUUUCGCUACCAAACGUUUAGCGUGCGCUUUGGAGCCGCUGCAGGUGGUGCGGGGUGCUGCAAGAUGUGCACUUUGGAGGAUGGAAGCUGAGGCCCGUGCCGCAGCCUUGGAGCCUGCGCUUUGGAGCCUCGGUGUUGGUGCAACUGCAGGGUGCCGCUGGAAGGCUUUGGAGUGCCCCCCUGCUGGUGUGAAGUAUACGCGCAGUUCCGAAAAGGCACCUUCUGUGAUGGGAGGCAGCACUGGUUUUGAAGAAAGACCUGCGGUGGCCCAACAGUUGGCCAUUCCAGUGAAACCAGCAACCACUGAGUUUCCGAACUUCCGGAUGAAAUGUUUCCGAAACGAACUCACAUCGACUUACAUCGAGUAUAUGGGGACGAAACUGCAGAGAAAGAGGUUUGAGAGUACCUAUGUGCACAUCCCCUCAAACUUGCCCCGGAACAAGAGCAACGAAUGCCUUUGGAGCAAUGAAUCCGCCAAGUCGACCGUGGCAAAAUAUCUAAAUGACCUUGAUUACUACAAGUUCUGCAACGACUGCCUAGAUUCACCGCACGAUUUGCUUGCUGGAUUUAACACGUCCAAUGGGCUUAGAGACGGCAACAAAACCACCUUGCCUCGCAACUUUUUGCUGUAUGGGCACGUUCAUAUGGCACAAACAAGGGGUUCAGAUUUGAACGGGGCCCUGGCUUUGAAUUAUGAGAGGGUUUGUGGUCACAAAGGCUAUUCAUAUGAUGCCUUCCAAGCCAAUGAAAGAUUCUGGAAGAACCCUGCUAGCAUUGAUAGUGUUGGGCACAGUUUCCCAACGCACAGCAGGCUAAGGGUUCCAUACGAGAUCAUGGAUGAGAUUGGGUACGAAGAUUGUGACUUCGUUUCGCAGGAACGGGAUUGGACAUGGUGGAAGACAUUCUCAUCCUGGAACGUCAGCGUUGAACUGCACCUUCCUUGUCCAGAUCCCAUGGAUCACUUGCUAUCAACCUGCCAUUUUCUCAAUGUAUCUUUCAGUUGUGAAGGGGACCUAGCAGCAGAGAUUGAGCCAUGCUUGGUUUUCAGCAACCGCUUUCACCCUAGCCUGAAUGGGUCAAAGGAGUUUCCGAACUUUCGGAUGAAAUGUUUCCGGGACGAACUCACAUCGAUGUACAUCGAGUAUAUGGGGACGAAACUGCAGAGAAAGAGGUUUGAGAGUACCUAUGUGCACAUCCCCUCAAACUUGCCCCGGAACAAGAGCAACGAAUCCGCCAAGUUGACCGUGGCGAAAUAUCUAAACGAACUUGAUUACUACAAGUUCUGCAGCGACUGCAUAGGAUCUACGGGUGUCACUGCAGCAGAUCAACCCAUUAGCUUCCGGCACAACAUGUCUGGGAAAUGGGACAUCAAGAUGAUGAACCAGACGAAGAGUUCCUCUUGGGGAGCUUCGCCAAUCUCUGAAGUAGACGGCGCCAUGGGUUGCGCCGGCUCCACCGCGCCCGCGCAGCUGUCCCGGCAUGGACAUAGCACCGAGUUAGAGGAGGAUUUUCACCCGGAUCCUUUGGAGCAAAACGAUUUGGAUGCCUUGGACUCCUCCUACGAUACCUGGAGGUGGCGGCAUUUGCCAAAAGGAUGUGUGGGUCAACCCACCCGCAGGCUUCACGAAAAACAUUUGAAGAGACUCAAGAUGAUGCUGCAGGGUGUGGAUGAAAACCCAUGGGUCCUAGCCUCCGAUGUGAAGCGACGUCGAGAUCUCGAGGGUUGGGACAUGAACGGGAGAAUCUGUCGAGUGAGCCUCUAAUGUCACAUGUUGAUGUCGCAUGCGGUCGCAUGUCCAGUGUGGACCAGCUGUUUGAU